AUGUCCGAGACCCCCCCGCCACGGCUACCCACCGCCAUCGCCGGCGACAAUCAUGACGCCCGUCGCCGCAGCGGCCCGCCGUCGCUCGACGACCUCCCCAAUGAGCUGUUCGUCGAAAUCUUCUCCUACUUCAGCGCAGCUUCCACGCUGGAGCCGCGCUUCCGCGACGACGCAUCCACCAUCAUGGACGACUACCUCGCCGCCCGCGGGUCCUCUCCCUACCACCACCUCCACCACCACCGUCACAGCAACGACAGUCAAACCCGCACGCCGCUCAAGGCCAUCUCGCUAGUAUGUCGCCGCUGGCGAGACGUCAUUCUGCCGUGCCUCUUCCGCCACGUCCUCUGGACCUUUCGCCGCUUAGAGCAGCCGCCGGCCUCGGGAGGAGGCGAGCCUGACGACGACGUGGAGCGCCUCGAGCUGCUCGCCUUUCUGCGGCGGAACCGGCUCGGCGAUGCGGUCAAGGGCAUCACGCUGCACGUCCCCUGCCCGGAGCACCUGAUUGACGACCCGACGGAGUUGGUCGGACGGUGGGGCCUGGUCCCGGACUCGACGGCGGCCGCGCUGAUCUCGCCCAAGGAUGAGGAGGGCGGUGGGCAGGAUGAGGACGACGUGGGCGUGGUGCUGUCUGAUUCGGUCAGCCUAGUGCUCGCGGACGUCAACGGCCACGCCACCUGGGCCAACACCUGGUUCUGGGCGCUCCUCUUCCGCGUCGUCACCGACCCGCUGCGCGUCAGCCUCCUCGCCGCCCCCGUCGUGCUCGCCACCAUGAUCAGCCGCAAGGUCUUCACACGGUGCCAGCCGCAGCUGAUGACGCGCUACCACCUGCUCUCCGUGUCCCGGCCGCCGCCGGGCUGCCAGCUCGACCACCCCCCUCCGCCCCACCCCGGUGUGCGACAACCUGCCCUGCGAGCUGUUCGCCCGCCAGCCACCGUGGACCGCGCUGCUCGCCAACGAGGGCUCCUCCGUGUCCAUCUACAAGACCGACGGCUACGGCGACACCCCGCCCUCGCCGCUGCUCAGCCUCCUCGCCUCGCGCGACCCGGCCACCCGCCGCGACUUUCUCUGCGGCGCCCUGCGGCGUCUCGAGUACGUCGCCGUCGUGCCCAUGGCCACCCACGUGCAGGUCGCGCUGACCUCGCCCGCACUCGUGCCCCCGCACCUGGAGGAGCUGUACGUGCAGCUGAUGCCUCGCCGCCGGGGCAGCAGCGUCGGCGACCCGCUCGACGGGCUGGACAGGGAGGACGUGCUCGUGGAGCGCGACAUGGCGUAUUCGGCGCUGUUCCAGGGCAUCUUCGUGCCCGGCCCGCGGCCGGAGUGGCGGUCGCUGUGCGUGUUCGAGACGGGCGACGCCGAGGACGACGAGCUCGCGUGGGAGGAGGCGGUCGAGACGGUGCUCGCGAGCGGCUCCGGGUGGGAGGUGGACGGCCUGGGAAGGUUCGUGCGUGA